CCGAAUCUAGCCGAAUGAACGAGCGAGUACAAGUCAAGCCCGAUGAAACUAAAAUCUGUAGUACACUUUCAAUGUAAAUUUUGAAAAAUUAUCAAAAUGAUACUGUAAUUCUGUAGUGGAACUAUUUUAUUUUGAUUUUUAAUCUCGUAGUAGUGGUAUUGUUUCAAAUAUUUCUUCAUUGAAUUCGUAUUUGACAACGUAGUGAGUUCAGUGCGAGUGCAAGGGUGGUAACGAGAAAUGUGAAAUAUCUAUGAAGUUCGGAUUUUUAGGCGGUUUAUUCUAUUUCAAUAAUGAGCGGACGCCCUAGGACCACGUCAUUCGCCGAGGGCAGCAAAUCCGUUCGAAAGACUUUCGACAAUCAACCUCCAAAACCACCUCUCGGAGGCGUAAAAAUUAGCAGCAAGGACGGCUCAAAGGUGACGACUGUGGUAGCGACGCCGGGGCAGGGCCCUGACCGGCCUCAGGAAGUGAGCUAUGCUGACAUGAAAUUGAUCGGCAACGGCAGCUUCGGCGUCGUCUAUCAAGCCAAACUAUGUGACACCGGCGAGCUCAUUGCCAUCAAGAAGGUGCUCCAGGACAAGAGGUUUAAGAACCGAGAACUUCAAAUCAUGCGACGGCUGGAGCAUUGCAACAUUGUGAAACUGAAGUAUUUCUUUUAUUCCAGUGGCGAAAAGAAAGACGAAGUGUACCUGAAUUUGGUGCUGGAGUAUAUACCCGAGACCGUGUACAAAGUGGCGCGUCAUUACUCCAAAGACGAACAAACCAUACCCAUUAGUUUUAUAAAGCUGUACAUGUACCAGCUGUUCAGAAGUCUGGCGUACAUUCAUUCUUUGGGCAUCUGUCACCGAGAUAUCAAGCCGCAGAACCUACUCCUUGACCCCAAGACUGGAGUGUUGAAGCUGUGCGACUUUGGCUCGGCGAAGCACCUCGUUCGCGGAGAACCAAACGUUUCCUACAUAUGUUCGCGUUAUUACCGCGCUCCGGAGCUCAUCUUUGGCGCCACCGACUACACCACGAAAAUUGACGUGUGGAGCGCGGGAUGCGUUGUCGCUGAGCUGUUGUUGGGUCAACCGAUAUUCCCAGGAGAUUCCGGGGUUGACCAAUUGGUUGAAAUUAUCAAGGUUUUAGGGACACCGACAAGAGAACAAAUCCGAGAGAUGAAUCCAAAUUAUACAGAAUUUAAGUUUCCACAAAUCAAGAGUCACCCUUGGGCGAAGAUGCCCGUGAACCGCCAGGUGUUCCGCGCGUGCACGCCCCCGGACGCCAUCUCGCUGGUGUCGCGGCUGCUGGAGUACACGCCGGGCGCGCGCCUGUCGCCGCUGCAGGCCUGCGUGCACAGCUUCUUCGACGAGCUGCGCGAGCCCACCGCCCGCCUGCCCAACGGCCGCCCGCUGCCGCCGCUCUUCAACUUCACCGAGUACGAGCUCGGCAUCCAGCCCUCGCUCAACGAGUUCCUGAAGCCGCGCAGCGCCGCGCAGUCCGAGCCGGCCGCCGCCUCCUCUGCGCCCGACCACGACGCGCCAGGCGAGGCGGCAUCGGGCGGCGCGACGGCCGACGCUUCCUAGACCCGCGCUCCCCGAGACGACCUAGCGUACUUGAUAGAGCUUGAGCCGCCCCGGUCGGCGGGAAACGAAAAUCCGCCGUAGAUUCUGACCCGCGAUGUGAUCACUUUGUACUUUUGUAAGCUCCGAUCGUCUCCUCGUGUACAUACCUCGAACGCCGAGUCUGAGGCCGUCCGUCCGACGAUGGACGGAUUGCUCGAUUCCGUUUUUAUUAGUGACGUCGUCCGUGUUGUCCGUUCGCCCUAUGAGAUAAUUUCGCUUUUAUCCGUAGCGGUCGCAGUUAGCGACCACGCUUGGGCCGUGUUGUUGUAGGGAAGACAUUAUUCAGUAGUGCAUUAGUGUAUUUAUUGUUGGGAGUCGUAUCGCUAACUCGACAUAUACAUAGAGCUGAAUUCGACUAAGCAAAUUAAAUGUUUUGUUGCAAACAUAGAAAGCAUACUUUGUAAAUUUUUAUAACUAGCAUAAACUGAUCUCUCAAUAUAAUUUUAUUGAUUUCUCAGAAUAUAAUGUAUUUGUGUAAAAUAUUUCAAGGAAUAUAAAUUUUAGAUGUAUUUCACAAAUAAUAGAUGUUUCAUUUCCCGGCAGUUUCUGUGUUAGAUAUGUUUUGCUGUGUAUUCGUUUAUCCAGAGGAUAGUUGUAAUGUACCUACAUAAUGUGCCGUGUAACCUAAUGUCACGACAUAGUUUUUCAAUAAUAUUGUAUUCUAUAUUCAAUAAAUGAUAUUUCUAUAAUAUAUAAUAAAUUUGUCAUUGCGAACGCUAUUGUUAUUAGUAGUCAUUUAUUAAGAGGACGGUUAUAGUAAUGCUAAAUUUCAUUGUCAUAGUGUUUAAGUAUUUGAAUAAUUUCGGUUUGCACUUCAUUUUUGCUUACUAUUACAUUUUAGGUCCUGGUAAAAAUUUCUUAGCGUAGACUAACAAAAACUUACUCACCCUGUAGAAGUAGCCUAUUCGUGAAAUGUCGAUUGCUUGUUGCACAUUUUGUGGAACCAAAGUAGUUGAAAUAUUUACACAUCUCAGAGCUUUAAACAUAAAAAAAAACAACAAUCAGCAGCUCGCAUAAUUUAACAAUAAACGUUUGAAGUUAUAAAAGUUUAAUACUAUGUGACGUCAUCAACUAACGAAGUAGUGUGGGCAAAAAACAAUUGUCUUGUGUAAUGAAAAUUGUACAUUACAUUCGCGAUAUGUAUGAGCGAUCAAUUGACAAAUUUUAUUUUUGGUAUCUGACGGAAAUCGCCAGUGUCCGACCGUAGUGCGACAUACACAUGCGUGUAUUCAUGCAUACUAUGAAUGUACCUUCGUACUGCUAAUUAUAAAUUAUUGUAUGUUAGGAGAGCGCUCGGCGCAUCGAUUUCAAAUCACACAUAGUGAAGCUUAGUUUCUCAUCGUUUAGGCUUAUCGGUUUUCAGAAACACGUUUACGAUUUGUGUAAAUAUAAUAUUAUAUUAUAAUUAUGUUAACGGAGCACCAUCGGAGUGACGCGCCGCGCCACGGCGACGUCUCGGCGCCACUGAGGCUCGGCGCGUCACCGGUGCCCCGCAGCGGACUCAGUAAGAGACACGGUAGUUUAGAUAUGCAUAUUUUAUUAAGUCUUAUCUUGUAUGAAUUUUGUAAUCGACGUUGCUUCUAAAGAUCAUUUUGUGUAAAAAAAAUUAUAAAACAUACUAGUGACCUGAAUGUUCGAAGCGAUAUUUGAACGUCUUUUAUCCCACUGAAUUCUCACUUUCACGAUUUGCGUGCACAUUUAAUUACAUGAGAAUUUCGUAUAUACAUAGUUGGAAAAUGGAGUUAUGAUGACUUAUAAUAAAUUAUUUAAAGUAAAGUUUUCUUAUUACUAUUACUGUAAUAUUAAAUUUAAUAGUGAGUGAAAUUUGUAUUUUGUUUUAAUAUUUGUUUUACUGAAUUUGAAUACGUCGUAACACCCAUAUCGUUGUUAGUUAUGAAUGAAAAUAACAUAAUUAUAAAGUAAAUAUUAAAUGAA